AUGGCCUUCACCCGCCUUACCAAGGCUCUUACAGCCUUGUCAUUCGCUUUGUCUUCUUUCCAACUCGUCACAGCUUCCAGCGAUACAUAUAAUUCUGCCUGUGGUCCUUCCACAGGCCAUAUCCCAUUUACCAUCGAUGUCACCUGGGGCCCCACCGACUCGAGCAAGGCUUUCUCCAGAAAUGCUUUCCUCAUCAAUGGCACCCUCCCAGGUCCACCUCUGCAUUUGAAGGUUGGCGACGUUGUUGAUUUCACCGUCAUCAACCACACCCCCGAUGUCACCGGCGUCCAUUUCCACGGUAUUCGACAACUCAGCACUCCAUGGGCGGACGGUGUCCCCGGCGUCAGCCAGACAGUCAUCAAAUCACAGACCACCUAUACCUACACCUGGGAAGCCGAUGCUUCUGGAACCUACUUCUAUCAUGCUCAUUACAAAGGACAGAUGAUGGACGGUCUCUAUGGUGCCAUUAUAAUCUCGCCCGCUGAUACUGCCGAUACUCCCUUUGGCCAGAUUGGUGAUGCUCAACAGGUCAAGGCUGCUGCUGACAAGGUCACACCUGUGUUCGCUUCAGACUGGAAUCGUUUCACUUUUGAUGAGUUCUUCCAGAUUGAACAGGAGGCCAAUAUUGACUGGGCUUGUACCGACUCGAUCACUUUGAACGGCUUCGGAUCGCAACUCUGCCCCAGUCUUGAUUUCCUGACUGCCAACGCUGCGCCUCCAGCCAUCAAGAUCUUGAACGGAACAGCCUUGACCGCCAAGGGCUGCAUUCCCCCCAGUAAUCCUGUUAUUCAGGGACAGUUCCAACGUAACUUGGCCGCCCUUCCUCCUGGAGCUUAUGAUGUCUGCACUCCAUUCACAGGCCAAAACUUCACUCUCCAGGUCGACCCCAAGGACGGCUGGGCCGCUAUGUCCUUCAUCAGUCCGGCUAGCUUUGCCAUCUUCACCGUCGCCAUCGAUAACCACAAACUGUAUGUCUACGAGUACAACGGAAAUUACAUUCAGCCUCAAGUUGUAGACAAGCUCACCCUCGCCAACGGUGAUCGCAUCUCCUUCAUGGUGAAACUCGACCAGACCCCAGCUGACUACAUCAUCCGUGUCGCCAAUGCUGGCAUAAAUCAAGUCGUUUCCGGCUUUGGUAUCUUGGCAUACAAGGGAGGUGACGAUUUCAUCUCAACCCAGGGAGUCAUCAACUACGGCGGUGUGAACACUACCACCGUCACCUCAUUCGCCCCUGGACGAGCAGCCCCAUACCCGCCUGUCGCCGUCUCCUCUCACGCCGAUCAGACAUUUGUCCUGGACAUUCUCAAGGAUCCCGCCCAGCCAACUGAGGCCUGGGCAUGGACUCUCUCCGGUAUCCAGGCAUACGAUGAGUCGCGAGACGACGCUGUCCCUCCGCUACUAUUCCAGGACCCCAGUGCCAUCCCUAACAGCGACCUAAUCUUGAAGACCAAGUUCAACCAGUGGAUUGAUCUGAUUAUCAAAGUGGAAGGUCCCGUUGCUCAGCCCCAUCCAAUCCACAAGCACGCCAACAAAUUCUUCGCCAUCGGUGCUGGUACAGGAGCUUUCAACUUCACCACCGUCGCAGCUGCUCAAGCCGGCGGUAUGCAAUUCAACCUUCAGAACCCUCCAUUCUUGGACGGGUUCACCAGCAUUCCUGCUGAGGGAACGGGAUCUUGGAUGGUCUUCCGAUAUCAAGCCGACACACCUGGUGCAUGGCUGCUCCACUGCCAUAUCCAGACUCAUUUCUCUGGUGGUAUGGGUGUUGCCAUUCUUGACGCAAUUGACAACUUCCCCAAGGUUCCAACUGAUCUUGGCUCCACUUGCUCCGGCACUGGCAAGAGCACUGACAAUGGUAGCGAUUCUGGCUCCGGCUCUGGCAGUGGAUCCGGCUCUGACUCCGGUUCUGGUAGUGGUUCCGGUAGUGGUUCCAGCUCUGGUAGUGGUUCUGGUAGCGAUUCUGGCACUGGCUCCGGCUCGGGAUCAGGAUCAGGAUCUACAACAACUGCAAGUGGUUCCACAGGAACACGACCAGCUACAAUUGCUACAUUCACUGGCGCAGCUUCAUCUGAGAGACCAAUGGUGUGGUCUGUGUCCCUGGGUCUGUUGGCCUUCGUGUUGGCUCUUACAUCAUGA